AUGUCGUCGUCAACUAGUCGAUCUGUGACUACUGCACAAGACGAUGAGUAUUUUCCGUCUUUUUUAACGGCCCUUCAGUCAGCACCAAAGACUGAUACGUCCAAGGAAAAUGCUCCUCGUUCACGUUCUGAAACUGAUUUGGUUGCGUCAAAGGGAAAACCUCGUUUGAACUUUGCAGAGAGUUUGUCGAUGAAUCCGAAAAAGCAACAGGGUGUACAAGUACCUGAGAAUUCGCCAUUUAGUUUUGGCGGUAAUUAUCAGGACAACUUGGGUGUUCGUCGACGCAAAAAUGCAUUAUCUCAGUCUCUUGACAAUGACAAUGAUACUGGGGAUAAAGAGAUGCUGCCUCCACCAACAAUGUCGUUGUUGGAUCCAGUCGGUUUUACAGCAGGAUCUCAAUGUCUAGACGACGGCGAGGCAGACAUGGCGACAGCUGCUCGUCGUAGUGUUGCAGCACGGCCUUCGUACUACCCUAUUGUUCACAAUGAUGAGUGGGGUCAGGACAAACAGUACUGGGUCACGGUAUUUGGCUUCCCGUCGACUGCCAAGUCUUUUAUUUUACACCAAUUCCAAGCCGUGGGGGAGGUUGUGAAUUAUUGCAGUAGCACUGGUGGAAAUUGGCUGCAUCUGCGCUACUACACAAGACUACAGGCUGAAAAGGCGUUGGGCUAUGAUGGGCGCACACUUGCCAAUAACAUCAUGGUCGGUGUCAAAAAGUGCUACCCGUCUGACAGGGAAUCAAAUGCACUCGACGAGACACCUGUGUCUAGCUACUUUGGUACGCAUGCGCGACAGAGUCUCGGUUCUCGGAACCUAGAGGUGGAUCCUAAUGAUGUCGACAUCAUGUUGCCUCCUAGACGCCGACAGGAUAUUUGCUCACGGCUUCUGGGUUUUCUAUUUAAUUGGUGA